AUGAGCUUGGCCAGGGUUGAACAAACCAUUCAGUUUUACCUCCCGGGCGGAACUAUUCAGCGCUUGUCGUUGUUUUCACACGGACUAGCGGCCUUCCCAGACAUGGCAGGUUGCACGCGGACUGUGUUGAAAGUUUUAGCAGGAUGUCGGAGGCAGCUGCUGAGAGCCGGCGCUCCCGCCUACACAGUCGCCUCACAGCCUGCACCGAGGAAUCUACCCGUCAGGACAUUUGCUGCUGUCAAGUCACUAAAGAAAGGCAAGAAAGAGGAGACGGAGAAGGAAGUGAAGAAACCGAAGGUAGUCAUUGAUGACAAAGACAGACAUAAACCUUAUGGCAAAACGGCGUGGACACCUGUGGAUGACGUGUACAUCAUGAGGUACUACCCCAGGACGAUCUAUGACGCAGGAGAAGCCAUUGACAUGCUGAAGAACUUUCAGAUGUUGGACUUCACUCCCCACACACAGCCUGUUUACACCGAUCUGAGACUAAACAUGAAGCUGGAGAAAAAGAAAAAAGUGGACCCCUUUGUCAGCACCAUACACUUACCGCACCCCUUCAAGACAGAGAUGAACAAAGUUUUAGUUUUUACUGAGGAUGCUGAUGAAGCCAAAGAAGCCCAGGAGAACGGAGCUGCGUUUGCUGGAGGGGUGGAGCUCAUACAGCCGAUCUUAGAUGAUGAGAUUUCAGCAGACUUCUAUGUAGCCGUGCCAGAUAUACUGCAGAAGCUUUUACCACUGAAAAACAAACUGAGGAAGAAGUUUCCAAAGAGCAAGAGAGGCUCAGUCGGCAUCCACAUUCCCAAGAUGUUGCAGUUGUUUAAAACGGGUCAUGAGUACAUGGUGGAGAGCGAAUGCUACGUCAGGACCCAGAUAGCCACGCUCGACAUGCCCAGAGAACACAUCUUUGCCAACCUGCAAACUAUCCUGCUUGAUGUUUGCUCCCACCGACCAGCCGAUAUGGGACCUUUCAUCGAGCGGGCGAUCAUUGCCAGUCAAACCAGUGAAGCUCUGUGGUAUAAGAGCAAAGACCUUUUACCGAAACCAGCGGAGGAGAAGAUGGAAUGACCUGUUUCAGAUUGUGUAUAUAUGCACCAUAAUAAAUAAAGUAUUUGUUUUGAGUUUGGCUCCCGA